GUGUGCUUCAUUUGACCUUCGGCCGGGUCGUUUGGAGAGGGAGCCGCAGGAAGGGGUGAACAUGGAUGAGGAGGAGGCAGAAGAGGACGAAGACAUGAAGAGAGACAGGGAGGAGGAAGAGGGGACGGUGGAGAGUCUGGCCGAAGAAGAGGAGGAACUAGAGGAGAUGGAGAGUAACGCGAAAGACGGGAAGGUGGAAUUGGAGGAGGAGAGGGUGAAGAAGGAAGAGGGGGAGGGGGAGGAGGGCACCCCGGGGGGCAAACCCCACCGCUGCCCGCUGUGCCCCAAGUCCUUUGGCUCCCCGUCGCUCCUGGAGACGCACCGCAGGACGCACACAGGCGAGCGUCCCUACCAGUGCCCGGUGUGCGGGCGAGGGUUCAACCAACUGUGCCACCUUCGGCGCCACCGGCUGCUGCACGCCGCGGGGGGGCUGGCUACCUCGUGCCCGGGCUGCGGCAAGGACUGCCGGAGCCCCGGGGGGCUGGCGCGGCACCGGUGCAGACCGGCGGGCGAGAGGCCCUUCCCGUGCCAGGUCUGCGGCCGGGCGUUCAAGCAGUCCUACGCCCUGGUGAAGCACCAGCGGGUGCACACCACCGAGCGGCCCUACCUGUGCCCGGUGUGCGGCCGGGCCUUCGGCUACUCCAGCAGCCUGGCUGACCACCGCCGGCUGCACACCGGGGAGCGGCCGCACCGGUGCCCGGAGUGCGGGCGCUGCUACGUCAACGCCAGCCGGCUCACCGACCACCGGCGGGUGCACGAGCCGGCCCCGCGCCACCGGUGCCCGGACUGCGGCAAGGGCUUCCACUACCCCUCGCACCUGGCCAAGCACCGGCGGGUGCACACCGGCGAGCGCCCCUUCCCCUGCCCGGCGUGCCCCCGCGGCUUCGCCACGGCCGCCAAGCUGGCGGCGCACCGGCGCGUCCACACCGGGGAGCGGCCCUACCGCUGCGGGGAGUGCGGGCGCGGCUACGCCAGCUCCAGCGACCUGCUGGUGCACCAGCGCGGGCACACGGCCGAACGCCCGUGGCGCUGCGCCGACUGCGGGCGCGGCUACGUCAAGGCCCGGGACCUGGCGGUGCACCGGCGGGUCCACACCGGCGAGCGGCCCUACGCCUGCACCGAGUGCGGCCGCCGCUUCGGCAAGUCCUGCAACCUGGCGGCGCACCGGCGCAGGCACGCCGACGUGCGGGGGUACCGGUGCCCGCUCUGCGGCAAGGACUUCAAGUACUCCUCCAGCCUGUCGCGGCACCGCCGGGCUCACCGGGGCCAGGCCGCGGGAGGGGGA